AUGGAAAACGUUGAUCGGAUCACAUUGCUAAACGAUAUUGAUGUUCUUACCACAAACUACACUAUCAAGGUUAAAAUUGUUAGUUUGUGGAGGAAGAAAAUGAGGGAUAAUGAAAGGGAGACAUAUCGGAUAGAUAUGAUACUGAUGGAUGAAAAGGGUAGCAAAAUUCAAGCUUCUUGCAUGCACAAGCUAUUUUCAAAAUUUGAGAGGCAUCUUAAUGUUGAUGAAUGCCUUAUCAUUAAACGGCCAUCUCUUGCUGCUAACACAGCAUCUUUCAAGAUUGUUCCUAACAACCAGAAGCUAACUUUUUAUUAUCAUACCUUUGUCGAAAAGUGCAAUGUAUGGGACGGUCCGCAAUACGUUUUCAAUUUUGUUGAGUUUAAUGAUGUUCUUUCAAUGAAAAUAAAAGAGGGUACGACAGUAGAUUUCAUUGGCUAUGUUGGUGUUUGUUAUAACAUUGAGGAUACUAACAAGAAGGAUGGUAGCAAAGGGAAACGUCUUACUCUUAAGCUUCAAGAUCUUGAAGAUGUUCAGAUUGAUUUAACUCUUUGGGACGAUCACGCUAAGGACAUGUAUUCUUACAUGAUUAGCGAAAAGCGUGAAGCACAUGUUGUCGUUGUUGUCCAUUUCGGUGCAGUUAAAUCAUACAAAGGCAAAUGGGGAUUAUCCAAUAACUUUGAUGGUUCAAGAGUUUUCAUUAACGACAACUUUGAUGACAUGCUAUUGUUCAAGCAAAAGUUUCUUGCUAAACUUUCUGCUUCAAGUGAGUCAAGUAGCCAUGCUGGGUCAUAUAUGAUGUGUUCUGUCGAAGAUGAAUUUUUAAAGAAUGAUGUUUUUUCACCACUUGCUUACCUUCCAUCAAUCUUAGAGCCAAAGAAAGUUGUUGUUGUUGGAACUAUUGUGGCAAUCGUUUCUGAUAAGAUGUGGUAUUAUGAUGGUUGUAACUAUUGCAAGUCAAAAGUUGAGAAAAAGUUUGAAACCUAUGAUAAAGAUGAUGGAACAAGUGAUGUUAGAGAUACGCAGUUGUAUCAAUGUUCUAACAAGGAUUGUAAUGGAAAAGAGGUUUUCCCGAUGUCCAGGUUCAAAAUACCGGUUCGCGUUCAAGAUUCAACUGGAACUGUGACGCUUACAUUAUUUGACCAUGAGGCGAUGAAGUUUGUUCGGAAAACUGCAAAGGAGCUUAUUCAAAUUCAGGACGAGUUAUUGCAAACUAAUGAUUUCCCAAGAGAAUAUCCCGUUGAAUUUGAAGAGUUGCUUAAUCAAAAGUGUGCUUUUGUGAUUAAAGUAACUGACUUUAAUAUUGCAAAUGGUGUCGAGAAUUAUGGAAUAUCAGUUGUUACAACUGAUGAUGACAUCUUGGAUAAGCUCAACAAAAAAUUUAAAAUAGAUCAAAUUGAUGCUUAUGAAACUUUUGGUAUGAGUCAGUCUGAGUUCCAAACUUCUGGUGCUGAAGGUUUGAAGGAUGCCGAUUCUUACACUGGGGAUAACACCACACCUAUUUCAAAGGAUUAUGCGGUUGACUUGAAACAAUCAUCCUCUGACAUGAAGCGUAACCUUGAUGAUGUUUAUUUGAAUGAAGUUGGAUUGGCAUCCUCAGCAAUUCUUUCUAUUGUUUUAAAAAUGCAUAAUAGGUUUGAACAACUUAAGUCGUAUUAUUCAGAACGUCCACAUAUUGACCUUGAAAAUAAAUCUGAGCAAGCUAAAUGUAGGCGUUCGUUAAGAAAGCUAUAUAUUGAUAAUAAGAGAUCAAAUGCAGCUGCUUUUCCGGAAUAUGUUGUCAGAGCUUUAGAGGCUAAACACAGGCGCAAGUUAAGAAAAUUAUACCUUGAUCGUAAGAGAUCAAAUGUUACAAAGAAAUUAAUUUCUAGAGGUGGUACUUCAACAUUGUCAUCAUCAACACCAAUCCGGUUAAAUAACAAAGAGAAUUUUACUCCCAAUAUUUCAAACAUCACCUUUCCUACCGAAUCUUCAACUGCUUUUGGGACAAGUAAUCAUUUAAAUUCGUCCUUUAAUGUAAGAUCAUCCGUUAUUACACAAUCAACUUUCAAGAAGAAAGGAAAUGUACUACACGAUCAGUUUUCAACACCCAUCCGUACACCACUUGCAAACCUAUCAAACACAAUGCCAGACAAUAUUGCAAGCUCAUCAACGUUACCAUUGAAUGAUUGCUUUUCUCUUCAUCCUAGAAUAUCCAAUAAACGUAACACAACAUUUUUGUCAUCUGAAUUAAGCUCGAUAAAAAAGAUGUCUUCUGGAAAGCGUAGACUUAUUCAUAAACCAAUUGAAAUACAACCCAUACCAAUGGCUGCUCUUGACUCUGAUGAUGAAAAUCACGUUAACGAGGUUGUGUUAGACGCCACAAAAAGCGUUUCUAAAGAUUACGUUGACCAUGGUGACCAAACUCUUACGUGUGGUUUAUGCUUUGCAAACUUAUGGCCAACCGAAGGUGGAAAGGGUCGCAUUACACUUCAAAAGCAAACAUAUAGCUUAUGUUGUGGAUAUGGUAAAGUUGAUUUGCCUGAAUAUAAAGAUUCUGAUCCAUCUUAUCAGAUGCUUUUUCGCGGUUUAGAUCAGGAAAGCAAAUAUUUCUUAAAGAACAUAAGACGUUACAAUUCUAUGUUUUCCUUUACUUCGAUGGGAGGAAAAGUUGAUACUAAAAUAAACAAAGGUAAUGCUCCAUUUGUUUAUAGAAUCAGUGGCCAGAAUGCACAUAGUAUGGGUAGUCUUCUUCCUAAGCAUGGAGCCCAGCCAAAAUUUUCACAGCUUUAUAUCUAUGAUACUGAGAAUGAGCUUACUAAUAGGGAGUUGUUAUUUAGUGAUUCUUCAAGCAAAGCUUCGAUUAGGGCAAAGGAACUUGAUGUGAAGUUUAUAAAGUAUAUUACGAACAUGUUAGAUUCUACGAAUAUGUUGGUUAAAACUUACAGGAUGGUACGAGACCAUCUCCAUGACAAUCCUAAUGUUACUCUUAAACUUCGUAUAAUCUCACAGAGGGAUAGAGACGGUAGGACUUACAAUUUACCUACGUGUUCUGAAGUUGCUGCUUUGAUAGUUGAUGAACCUGAUCUCCAGAUUGAAAGCCGUGAUAUUAUUGUUGAAAUGCGUUCUGGAGAACUAAAGCGUAUUAGCGAGUUACAUCCUUCUUAUCUUGCUCUACAGUAUCCAAUUCUUUUUCCGUAUGGAGACGAUGGAUAUAGGAUUAACAUUCCUCAUAGAGAAUUUGGUCCUAAUUCAAAGAAGACAAGACCAACUUGUACUAUGAGGGAGUUCUUUGCGUAUAGAAUUCAGGAUAGGCAUAACAAGUUUUCUCUAAUUCUUAAUGCAAGAAGGUUGUUUCAGCAGUUUUUAGUCGAUGCCUACACAAUGAUUGAGAGUGAGAGGCUAAACUACAUACGUUUUCAGCAAAUCAAACUUCGAUCUGAUUCGCUAAACAGUCUUAAAAAUGUUCAAGACGUUGUUCAGAGUGAUUUGAGUCAUACGGGACAACCUGUUAUAUUACCUUCAUCUUUUACGGGUGGUUCUCGAUACAUGAUGCAAAAUUACUUAGAUGCUAUGGCGUUAUGUCGGAAGUAUGGUUAUCCUGAUUUCUUUAUCACAAUCACAUGUAAUCCGAAAUGGCCUGAGAUUGUAAGAUUUCUAGUUGUUUAUACCGUUGAGUUUCAAAAACGUGGUUUGCCACAUGCGCAUAUUUGCUUAUUUAUGAAAGCUGAUCAUAAGCUUCCUACGGUUGAACACAUCGAUCCCUUUAUAUCAGCUGAAAUUCCUGAUAAGAAUGAGGAUCCUGAAUUGUAUUCUCUUGUGAGUGACUUUAUGAUUCAUGGUCCUUGUGGAUAUGCGAACAUGAAAUGUCCAUGCAUGGUUGGCAACCGUUGUUCAAAGAAUUUUCCGAAGAGGUUUUUGGAUUCCACUUCCAUUGAUUCUGAUGGUUUUCCAGUUUAUAGGAGAAGAGAUUCUGGUCACACAGUUGUCAAGAAGGGCGUUACUUUAGACAAUAGGAGUGUAGUUCCGUACAACAAAAACCUACUCAAAAGAUAUCAGGCACAUAUUAACGUGGAAUGGUGCAAUCAGGCUGGCUCAAUAAAGUAUUUGUUUAAAUACAUUAAUAAAGGACCUGAUCGAGCCACUGUUGCUGUUUUUGAUUCAGACAGAGGCCCCGAUGAGGAAAUUCCAAAAGAUGAAAUUAAAGAGUACUACGAAGCUAGAUAUGUUUCCGCAUGUGAAGCCAGCUGGAGAAUAUUUGGCAAUGAUGUUCAUUAUCGGUAUCCAUCUGUUAUGAGGUUACCAUUUCAUCUUCCAGGACAACAAAAUGUUGUUUUUAGUUGUGACGAUGAUAUUGAGGAUGUCCUAAACAAACCUCCAGUAAAUUCCUCUAUUUUCUUGGAAUGGAUGAAGAUGAACAAUUCUAAGCCUGAAGCAAGACAACUUACUUAUGUUGAGUUUCCCACAAAAUAUGUGUGGAAGUUAAAAGAUCGUUGCUGGCAGCAACGCCAAAAUUAUGUUGUUAUUGGAAGAAUUUAUUCUGCGUCUCCAUCUCUUGGUGAGGCUUAUUACCUACGAAUUCUUCUUACUAAGGUUAAAGGCCCACGAUCAUUUGAAGAAAUAAGAACAUAUGAUGGUGUUGUUUAUCCUACAUUUCGGGAUGCGUGUUAUGCACGUGGCCUGUUAGAUGAUGACAAUGAAUAUAUCGAGUGUAUUAAAGAAUCCAGUUUCACAGGAAACGGUCAUUAUCUUCGUUCUUUGUUUGCAACACUUCUAUUGUCUAAUACGCUAUCUAGACCUGAAGUUGUUUGGGAGAAAACGUGGGAGCUAUUGUCCGAGGACAUUUUAUACAAUAUGCGGAAGGAUUCUGGCAUGAGCGAUUUCGUUGUUUCUGAGGAACGUUUAAAGAAUAUUACGUUGUCGAAAAUCGAAAAAUUCCUUCUUCGUAAUGGAUCCAGCUUGCACAGGUUUUCACCAAUGCCUUAUCCUGAUGAUGACUAUCUGAUGUCGGAGAGCAACCGUUUGAUAAAUGAGGAGCUUUCUUUUGACAUUGAUGAAGUUACGGCUGAGUUCAAUAAUCUUCACAGCUGUCUAAACGGCGAUCAAAGAGCCGUGUAUAAUGAAAUUAUGGAUGCUGUUCGGAUUGGUAAGGGUGGUGUGUUUUUUGUGUACGGUUAUGGUGGUACGGGCAAGACUUUUCUGUGGAAAACUUUAGGUGCUUCUAUUAGAUGCAAUGGACAGAUUGUUAUUAAUGUUGCUUCAAGUGGUAUUGCAUCUUUGUUGUUAUCACGCGGUCGUACCGCUCACUCGCGAUUUCAUAUUCCAAUUAAUCUCAAUGAAGAUUCGGUAUGCCAUAUAAAGCCUAAUACUGAAAUCGCGAAUCUUUUAUAUGAAGCAAAGUUGAUUAUUUGGGACGAGGCACCGAUGAUACACAAACAUGCUUUCGAGGCUCUUGAUCGUACAUUGAAGGAUGUUUUGAGUGUUUUUGAUUCACAAAAUUCAGAACUUCCAUUUGGUGGGAAAACUAUUGUAUUUGGUGGUGACUUUAGACAAAUCCUACCAGUUGUACAAAAUGGAAGCAGGCAAGAUAUCGUAAACGCCUCAUUAUGUUCAUCCCACAUCUGGUCCACUUGCAAGGUGUUGAAAUUGACAAUCAACAUGCGUUUGUCGGUUGGAUCAAGUAGCUCAAACGUUAUGGAGAUAAACGAAUUUGGUAAAUGGCUUCUUGACAUCGGCGAAGGUAAUGUUGGUGAUUCUAUCGACGGUGAUGGAACGAUUGAAAUACCUGCUCAUCUCUUAAUAACUGAUGAGAAUGAUCCAAUUCAAGGUUUGAUUGACUUUGUAUAUCCUUCAGUUCUUCAUCGUUAUAAAGAGCGUGACUACUUUUCUGAGAGAGCUAUACUCGCUCCUAAGAAUGAAGUUGUUCAUGAUAUAAAUGACCGUUUGCUUGAUUUGUUUCCCGGUGAAGAAGUAGAGUAUCUUAGCUCUGAUAGUUUAUGUCCGACUGAGCAAAUCAACGAUCCGUUACAUCAAGAUUUGUAUAAUCCAGAUGUGUUAAAUAGUGUAAAAGUAUCAGGGUUACCAAAUCAUAGAUUGGUAUUAAAAUUGGGUGUUCCGGUUAUGCUUUUGAGGAAUAUUGAUCAGCAAAACGGUUUGUGCAAUGGUACGCGUCUUCAAAUCACACGUCUUGGUAAACGUGUUAUUGAAGCAGAGAUAUUAUCAGGAAGUAAUGUUGGAUCAAGAACUUUCAUCCCAAGAAUCAGCAUGAUACCAUCUGACAAGAAAAUACCGUUCAAAUUUCAAAGAAGGCAAUUUCCAAUAACCGUAUGUUUUGCGAUGACUAUUAACAAAAGUCAAGGACAAUCUCUAUCUAGAGUUGGUAUAUACCUCAGAGACCCCGUGUUCUCACAUGGUCAGCUUUAUGUUGCGUUGUCCAGGGUAAAGACUAAGGAUGGCGUUAAGGUUUUAAUAUUCGACAAAAAUGGGAGGCCAACAAAUAAAACUGCAAACGUUGUUUACAAAGAAAUAUUUGGGAAAUUGUAG